AAUUUGAGUCUCAUUGCAAACCUAAAACUAAUCUCACGAUUGAGAGAUAUAAUUUUUUUGACCAGAAGACAAAAACCAGACGAGUCAAUCGAAGACUUCGUAACUGCACUUAAGAACCUAAGCCUAACAUGUGAGUUCGAUAGUCUCCGAGAGAGUUUGGUCCGAGACAUGUUUAUUGUAGGUUUGUCGUCAAAUAAUAAAGUCAUCAGAGCUAGGCUACUUCAGGAAGAAGGCUUAACCUUAACGAAGGCCAUCAGCAUAGCCAAAAGCAUCGAAAUUACUCAUCGUCAGGCGGAGCAGAUUGAAAAGAACAGUGAUGCACAUUGCACAGAUACUCAAAGUCGAAAAGUUCAAUCACAACAGCACUCGUCGUGGAAAUCUACAAAAUAAACAACAAGUAGCGGAAGGAGGACAGUCUUAGGUGGUCAUCGAGAGUCGUUAUCGUCAAAAUUCUCAAGGUUUCGUCAAACAGGUCAGGACAAUCAAUUAUUAUGUAUGCGUUGUGGACAGGUACACCGAAAUAAAUGUCCGGCUAUUAAUGCUGUCUGCAAGCUUUGUAACAAAGUAGGUCAUUAUGCGAAAUGUUGUCGUACUAGACAAGUAAAAUAUGUUAAUGUUAGUGAUGAUCGCGACCAUGAUAGUAAUAAGUCGGAUCUCUUUGUCAUUAGAUCUAUUAAUAGUAAUAACAAUUGGUUAAGUGAGCCGUGGAUCCUAAAACUUAAGAUUAAUAACAAAGUGUUAGAAUGUAAUUUGGAUACGGGUGCUCAGGCUAAUGUAAUGUCAAUAAGAAAUUAUAAAAGUUUAAAAAUUGCUAGAAAAAUACAACCUACGGCUGUAAGGCUUACGUCAUUCUCAGGAAAUGAUAUACCAGUUUUGGGAGUGGUGUUAGUCAAUGGUGUAAUCAAUGAUAAUUUGUCAGCUAGUAUUCAUUUUGUAAUUACUAAUACUGAUAGUCAGACCAUUAUAGGGCUACCUACAAUCCAAAGACUAGGUUUAGUCAAAAGAGUAUUUAAUAUCAAUAAUCAUGAGUCAGUCCUGUCGCAGUAUAAAGAUGUAUUUGAGGGUCUUGGUUGUCUACCAGGAGAAUAUGAAAUAUCCGUUUACAAAGAUAUAGUACCAGUGAUAGAACCGCCUAGGAAAAUACCGUUUAUGUUAAACGAAAGGUUUAAAAAAGAACUGGAACGUAUGCAGUCUUUAGAUGUUAUAGCAAAAGUAAGUGAGCCUACCGAAUGGGUAAAUUCAGUUGUUAUUGUUGAAAAGAAAGAUAAGUCAUUGCGAGUCUGUCUAGAUCCAAGAAAUCUGAAUAGAGCAAUAAAGAGGUGUCAUUAUCCAUUACCAACUGUAGAAGAACUGAGGUCAAAAUUAGCUGGUGCUAAGUAUUUUUCAACUUUAGAUGCACNAAAAGGAAACACGUAG